GAAUUCAGAGUGAAUCUUUUUAGCGCAACCGACAUCACACCAAAAAAAAAACACACGUACAUUUUUCACUCACAUCGUUUGCGUCGCAUUUUAAACAAUACCAAACAAAUCAAUGACCAAACGAUUUUUAAUUUUACUUCAUCUAUUUUACGCAAUAAAUUUUCUCAUAUGAGAAAAAAGCAACGAAACAAAUAAAAUAACUAUUUAACAAAAACAGCAAAUAAUAAAUUGAGCAUAUGCAUCAAAUUCGAUCGUUAAAAAAAGAAACACUUCGUUCAUCAGAGUGCGGCAAAAAAAAACAACCACGAAAUUUAUCUACUCAAACCGAAAAAUCAACGCAAUAUAAUCUAAUUAACAACACUCACAAUAUUUUGUGAACUAGACAAAGAUUGACAUCGUGUACAUAUUGAAAUUCGCAAUAGAAAGUUCAGACACCCAAAACAUAUACGCACAACGCAACCAUUCAGCAUCGAACAAAUUAAAUUUUGGACGGUUUUUCAUCGCUUUAAGUCAAGUUUCUUUUGUAUUCAACAUUGUUGAACUUUCGAUGCGGUUGUGCGUGGCCCGUGCGCACGCGCUCAUGUGAAAAGAAAGUGAAAAUUUGCCCCUUUCAAAUGAAAUAUACUAGCACCAAAGAUUAGUUCUGCGCCGAAUUUUGGUUUGGCAGGCCAACACAAGCUACAAAAUACGGAUUUUGAAAUAUGUGAUUCCACCAGUGUGGAGAAAUAACCCACAAAAUAACCAAAACUAUUCGCUCCCAAAAUAUCAUAGAUAUCCAUUAUUGUAAAUAGAACCCAGUGAUUUUCAAACAAAUUAGUACAAAGAUUUAUUUUUCUCAAUCUCUAAAAAAAAAAGAAAAGAAAACAUGAACAGUGUCAUAUUUAUAAGUAUUAUUGUAAUAGUUCUUGUUAAUUGUGCACAAACCCAAGAUGGUUUACCCUAUGGAUUUGAUUCGAAUGACAAGUAUCAGAUACAAUCACAGUACAAUCCAACGCAAAGUGCGACUGAGAAUAUCGAUGAUGUGGUAAAUUUUCUGAAGGAAUUUAACCAUGAAGCAGCUGAAAUGUGCAACCGAGUGGUGAACAGUGAAUGGAAAUAUGCGACAAAUGCUAGCGAAUAUAAUAGACGACGUGUGAAAGAGCAACAAUCGGUUGCAACAAAAUUCGAAUGCUUGAGCUGGAGACGUGCAAUUUCAUUUUUAAACUAUCCGAUCACAAAUACGAAUGACAAACGACAAUUGCAACGCAUCAUAAAACAGGGAAAAUGUGGUCUUACCGAUGACAAAUAUGCCGAAAUUAACAAUUUAAUUCAACAAAUGACGGACAAUUAUAAACAUGCCCGAAUUUGCCCGUACCGUGGCACCCAAAGUGAAUUUGUUAAUCAAAAUACACAAAUGGACGAAAAUAUUGGUGUAAUACCAAUUAAACAUGCAAAUGAAUCGAUUCAAUCAACACAAUUUGAAAACUAUGUAACACACACGUAUACUGGCUACUGUGAUCUCAGCAUUGAUACUGAUAUUCCGCAUGUUAUGGAACAUAGCCGAAAUGAAGCUGAAUUGAAGUACAUUUGGUCGGCGUGGCAUGAAAAAACUGGACCACCGAAUCGCAACAAUUUUAUGCGUUACAUUGAUUUGGCUAAUCAAGCGGCCAUUGCACAUGGAUUUUCUGAUGCCGGCGAACAAAUGCGCGCACUUUAUGAAGAUCCCGAACUUUAUUUCAGCGUACAAGAUCUAUGGACAGAAAUUGCACCAUUGUAUCGGCAAUUGUUCACAUUCGUGCGAAAGGGACUGAUUCGACAAUAUGGAAAUAAAAUAUUACGGCCUGAUGGACCAAUACCCGCUCAUUUGCUUGGAAAUAUGUGGCAACAAAACUGGAAAAAUAUCAUGGACAUUGCGAAACAUCGAUAUUCAGAAACGCCCGACGUAUCCGCCGAAAUGGUGCGACAAGGCUAUACACCAACACAUAUUUUUCGCAAAGCCGAUGAGUUCUUUUCUUCUCUUGGAAUGACACCAAUGUCACCCGAAUUUUGGCGCAAUUCAAUUUUACAGGGUAAUGAAUCGGGCAAGUGUAUGGCUUCAGCUUGGGAUUUUUGUAACAAUUUCGAUUUUCGUGUUACACAAUGCACACAAAUUACACUGGAUGAUUUUCUAAAUGCACAUUACCAAAUUUCACACGUACAAUACUACAUGAUGUACGCAAAUCAACCGUUUGUAUAUCGUGAUGGUCCAAAUCCAUCAUUCCAUGAAGCAAUUGCUCAUGCAAUUGGCUUAUGUGUCGGUGGGCCAGUGCAUUUGCAACGCAUUAAAUUGCUUUCAACGCCAAUUCAAACGGCAAAUGGAAAUUCAGUUAUAAAUAUCGAGUACUUGCUGGGUUUGGCACUGGAAAAGCUACCAUUUUUGGCAUUCAGCUUAGCUGUGGAAAAGUGGCGAUGGCUUGUCUUCGAAAAAGGACCAGUGGCCAUGAAUUCAAGAUGGUGGGAGCAUCGGUUACGAUAUCAGGGCAUUGUUCCACCAAAUCCACGUCAUACUGACGAUUUCGAUGCUGGCUCUAAAUAUCAUAUCAUCGCCGAUCAGGAUUAUAUCAAAUACUUUUUGGGAACAAUCUUACAAUUUCAAAUUUAUGCCGAACUAUGCGAGACAAUAAAUCAUUCGGGACCGUUGCAUACAUGCGAUUUCUAUCGAUCCAGAGAAGCUGGACGUAUUUUAAGCGAUGUAAUGCAGCACGGGGCGUCUUUGUCACCAACACAGUUGUUGAAGAUAUUGACGAGGGGAAAAUCGAAUCGAAUUUCAGCCGAACCAUUAGUUCAAUUUUUUAAUCCACUGAAAGCGUGGCUUGAACAACAAAACCGUAAUGAUUACAUUGGCUGGAAUACCAAUAUCGAAGAUGUUGCUCUAUUUAAAUCAGUAAACGGUCACGCCAAUCGCAAUCUCAAAUCAUUCACAUUGUUGGGGAUUCUGACGAUAACUAUCUCAUUGUAUUUGUUCUAAAUUAUUCAAAAAUAAAGAUACAUUU